AUGAAAUUCUUUAUUGAUGAUUUACCUGUGCUCUUCCCAUAUCCAAAGAUAUAUCCGGAACAGUACCAAUAUAUGUGUGAUAUCAAAAAGACUUUGGAUGUGGGUGGUAAUAGUAUCUUAGAAAUGCCUUCCGGAACAGGUAAAACUGUAUCUUUGCUAUCUUUAACAAUUGCUUACCAAAUGCAUUACCCAGAGCAUCGAAAAAUUAUCUAUUGUUCUCGUACCAUGUCAGAAAUUGAAAAAGCCUUAGUAGAAUUAGAAAAUUUAAUGGAUUACAGAGAAAAGGAAUUAGGCGUCAAAGAAGAAUUUCGUGGUCUUGGUUUAACUUCCAGAAAAAAUUUAUGUUUGCACCCCCAAAUCAGUAAAGAAAAGAAAGGUACUGUGGUUGAUGAGAAGUGCCGUAGAUUAACAAAUGGCCAAAAUAAGCGAAUCUUAGAGAAUGAUCCAGAUGCAAAAGUGGAGUUAUGUGAUUAUCAUGAAAAUUUAUAUAAAUUGGACGUCGAAAAUUAUUUACCAAACGGUGUUUUUUCUUUUGAAAAACUAAUUAGAUAUUGUGAAGAAAGAACUUUGUGCCCCUAUUUUAUUGUACGUCGUAUGAUUUCGAUGUGUAAUAUUAUUAUUUAUUCUUAUCAUUAUUUAUUAGAUCCAAAAAUUGCAGAAAGAGUGUCAAAGGAAGUUUCAAAAGAUUCAAUUGUUAUAUUUGAUGAGGCACAUAAUAUAGAUAACGUUUGUAUCGAAUCCCUGUCGCUAGAUUUAACAAAUGAUGUACUGAGAAAGGCUUCUAAAGGUGCUACUACGCUAGCUGAAAAAAUUGAAGAAGUACGUGAAAUAGAUUCUUCAAAAUUACAAGACGAAUAUGAAAAAUUAGUAAAAGGAUUACAUGCUUCAGAUAUCUUAAAUGCUGAAGAAGAACCUGUUGUCGAGACACCAGUAUUGUCAGAGGAUUUAUUGACGGAGGCCAUACCGGGGAAUAUUCGUAGAGCUGAGCAUUUCGUUGCAUUUUUAAAGAGGCUGAUCGAGUAUUUGAAAACAAGAAUGAAGGUAUUACAUGUUAUUUCAGAAACACCAAAGUCAUUCUUACAGCAUUUGAAACAAUUGACAUUUAUUGAUAGAAAGCCCUUGCGAUUCUGUUCAGAAAGAUUAUCCCUUUUGGUAAGGACUUUAGAAGUAACAGAAAUUGAAGACUUUAAUGCAUUAAAGGAUAUUGCAACAUUUGCAACAUUAAUCUCAACUUAUGAAGAAGGGUUCCUUCUAAUCAUCGAACCAUAUGAAAUUGAAAAUGCAGCUGUUCCGAAUCCUAUAAUGAGAUUUACUUGUUUGGAUGCUUCGAUUGCAAUUAAGCCAGUUUUCGAAAGAUUCUCUUCUGUUAUUAUUACAUCUGGUACUAUUUCUCCAUUAGAUAUGUAUCCAAGAAUGCUAAAUUUUACUACUACUUUACAAAAAUCGUAUUCAAUGACAUUAACUAAAAAAUCUUUCUUACCAAUGAUUAUUACGAAAGGCUCAGACCAAGUUGCAAUUUCCUCCAGAUUUGAAAUCAGAAGUGAUCCAAGUAUAGUUCGUAAUUAUGGUUCAAUGCUAGUAGAAUUUGCAAAGAUUACACCUGAUGGUAUGGUAGUUUUUUUCCCCUCUUAUUUAUAUAUGGAGAGUAUUAUUUCGAUGUGGCAAACAAUGGGCAUAUUGGAUGAAGUUUGGAAACAUAAAUUAAUUUUGGUGGAGACUCCUGAUGCUCAGGAAACUUCUUUAGCCUUGGAAACUUAUAGAAAAGCAUGCUCUAAUGGUAGGGGCGCUAUCCUGCUGUCUGUUGCUCGUGGUAAGGUGUCUGAGGGUAUCGAUUUUGAUCACCAUUAUGGUAGAACUGUCUUAAUGAUAGGUAUUCCCUUCCAAUAUACUGAAUCCCGUAUUCUGAAAGCUCGUCUAGAAUUUUUAAGAGAAAACUAUCAAAUCCGUGAGAAUGAUUUUUUAUCUUUUGAUGCAAUGAGGCAUGCAGCUCAAUGCUUAGGUAGAGUUUUGAGAGGUAAAGAUGAUUAUGGUGUAAUGGUAUUGGCAGAUCGUAGAUUUUCAAGAAGAAGGAAUCAAUUACCGAAGUGGAUAUCUCAAGGUCUAUCUGAUGCAGAUUUGAAUUUAUCUACUGAUAUGGCUAUUGCAAACACAAAACAAUUUUUAAGAGCUAUGGCCCAACCAACAGAUCCAAAGGAUCAGGAGGGUGUUUCUGUCUGGAAUAAUGAAGAAUUAGUUCAAUUCCAACAGGAACAGCAGAAGAAAAAAGGUAAUUUUGAGAGAACUUCCCAGGAAAACGGCAAGACAGAGGAGGACGAUGACGAUGAUAUCGAGAUGUCUUAA